CCAUAUAUCUUUCUUUGCUAUUGGUAAAACCGUUGUUUCUUAUGAUUUUGCCAAGAAUUUUGUUGCUCUAUUUAUAUAUUCAACUGAUUCUCGACAAAUUUCGUGUUAUUUCUACUUUUUUGCGUUUUUGUCCAUGUGUAUGUUCUUCGAAUUUUGUUGUUUUGGAUUAUCUCAAUAAAAUGAGGAAUUAUUUGUUCAAGUAUUGAAAGUAAACACGAGAAAAAGAAUUUGAAUCAUCUGUUAUGAAUAUUAGGCAAUUUCUGAUCUAGUGAAUGUUAUAGCUUUACAUGUUAGCAUGAUUUUGUUACUGAUCUAAUUCUGCUUGAACUCGUGCUUGACUUAUAGUAAUUUCUAAAGUUUAUUUUUGUUGCUAGUAAUUCCAUUAAUUGAAGAAGCUUUUUCGAAUGAUUUCUAAGGAUAUCACUAGCAUAAAGAUAUAAGAUGAAGUUUGGACUUCAUUUUGUUGUUGCAAUUAUCGUUUAAAGUUACGCUAAAAAUGAUUGAUUUUGUUAAUAGAAGAAUUAGCCAAUUUAAAACAGUAGUCCAAAUUUUUGUGUGUAUAGUUGUGCUAAUUAGUGUGGUAUUGGAGCAAGCAGCUACUAGACAUAUCAUUGCAGGCUGCUGUUUGCUUCAGCAAAUGAUGCUAGCGAGUUUAUUUGGAUUGUACAGAGACUGUUGUGUGCUUGAGUGGUAGUGGCUGUGUUUUGUAUAUGCAGGAGAGACUUGGCGAGUAAGGAUUGGUGUAUUUUUGUGUUGUGUGUGUAGUGUAGAUGCUGCUUCCAUAGGGCUGUGUUGUAGUGCUUGUGCGGCUACAAGUGUGCUCGGGUGUGACUUAAUAACGAGUGUGGAGCCUGUAGGGGGGCGUAGAGGUACGCCGUUAAAAACUUAAGCAUUAGGACAUUUAAUGUGUGUGGAGUUGAAGGUUUUAUCUUUACUGGAUCAAAGCAAGAUGAAAUUAGUAUAUUUCCACUAAAUACUCAGAUUAUAAUUCAUCUUCUUUAAGAGCCAUAGACACUAGACUUGCUUGGUGUGCCAAAAGUUUCAGCAUGGUAUAUAUAGACACUAGACUUGUGAUUCAUUUGGGAUAUAUGCUCUUUCAAUUGUUGCCGAUGCUUUCCAAUGAAAGUACAUUAAUUAACAUUGCAUACUUUCUGGAAGAUGGUUAAUGUUGAGCAGACUAGUAUUUGCUUAUAAUCAAUGAGAUACGGGGGACAAAAUUACCCAAGUCACCCAUUUCGAAACUUCUUAGGACAUUCUAUUUUCAAUAUCUGAGCAUUUUCUGUCCUAGGUACCUGAGGGAAUCAAAAUUCCUUCGAGUUUUGGAAAUGUAUUCAAGGAACUCAAACAAGAUCUUGGAUGCUCUAUUCCAUCCCAUGGAAAUUUGGUGAGGUGGGUUGUAAAGGUGAUAGUUCUGACAAAGUGACAAGUAUACUAGUUUAUGUUUUCUUUUGCAUUCAUCUUUGAGGAUUUUGCUUUUACUUCAUGUGAACUUAUCGCAUCUUCUGCUCUUAAAAUAUUGUCCUUGUUAACCUUGCCUGUCUUUUCUCUAUACAUAUAUGUCCUUUUAUUUUUUCUUAUUCUAUUAUGCUGUAAAUUUGAUAUUAUGUGGAUUUAUCAUUCACUGUUUUCCUUGAUAGUGGCAUUUUUUUUUUCCUCAAAAUGGUUCUGUGGACAGUUACUACUAGAAAAGAGAUUCUCACUAAAAUUUGAUGUAUUGCAAGGUGUUUUGCUGCUCAACACAGUCCUCACAGGUAACUUACCUCAUUUAACCAAAAUAUUGUUUCUAUAGCUUGUUAUUUUGUGAGUUUUUAGUUAUAUGGGUUACAAUAGAAGAUCAUUACGCCAAAUUGAACAAGUGCAACGCCAAUCUGGGAUUGGCUCUGCUGCUUAAUAUAGUUCUUAUGAUUUGAAGUCUUCAAUUCUUCUUAGUUAUACUCCCACUUUCCAUAGUUAAUCAUACAAAUUGAAAAGCUGGUGAAGGCUGUAAAACAUGAUUUAUUUAUUUAUUUUUAUUAUUGUAUGUACUUGUUGUAUAAUUUACUAUAGAGUAUUAGUCUUUAUUUCAUAUUGUAUAAUAAACAUACAUUGAAUAUAUCUUCUGUUGCAGCUGGCAGAUUGUGUAGAAAUUAGGCUUCCCCAGUUAGUUUUAAUGCUUAUAAUUUCUCAAGUAAUUAUAUUUUCUCUUUAGCCAUCUAUCUCUAUACUUGGUCCAAUCUAAAGUUUUAUUCUUUAUUUGCUUCUAAAAUUAAUGACUUUUACUUAGGCACUGCCAGCUAUAAUUAGCUCUCUCUUUUUCUUUUUUUUUUUUUUUCUUUUUUUUUCCUUUUUGGUUAAACAGUAUAUGUCUGGUGUUUUGAAGGCAAACAAACUGAUAUUUGAUCGAUAUGCACUCAUAUUCUCGACAACAAUCACCUGGAUUUAUGCCUUAAUCCUUACUUCAAGUGGUGUAUAUAACCACAGAUUUCCAACUAAUCUGCUAUGUUGCCGAGCAGAUCGUGCAGAACUGAUACAUGAAGCUGAUUGGUCAGAAAUCAGUACAUAUAAAUUGCUUGCAGCUGUAAGUAAAUAUGCCUUUUGUUCCUAAUAAUAUUCCACAUUUGCUUGGGCGUCAUUUCUAAGAAAUUGAAUUAGAAUUCCAGAACUAUCUUUCAAUAUGUAAAGUAACUUUAUUCAGGGUGAUGAAAAAGUUAAAACUUCUAGCAUAUGAAAAUCGGAAAGUGGCCUCUGAGCUUGGAAUGGCUUAAAAUGAAAAUGUGGCUACUAUUAGUGAUUGAGUGAGUAAUGAUUAAGAAACUGUGCAAAACCGUCAAUAGCAAUUCAUGUCAAAUCUCUUUGCGCUACUCUGGUAUAUGUAGGGUAUAUCUGCCAUGGCCAUUUCAAUGGGGAAAACCAACUGUUAAUCAGAGAGAAGCUACUCCAAUUGUUUUUGCUGAACUAGUUGCAUUGGUUGAGGACUUGAGUGCCGCAACUCUUCAGAAAAUAUUAGCUGACACCAGAUUCAAGUCCCUUCAGGCCCGCUCCAAAUGGUUCAAUGACGCUGUGGUGAUCAUCUUCACAUCGGCUCCAGUUGUGGCUGUGGCUGUGGUGAGAGGAUUUUACAGUUUUACUAAAGACAUUAGGAAUACUGAAUUCUACUCUUUGCCUUGCGCAAUUGUUUCCCUUCUUUAUAGUUUGACUCUAAGUUCCAAGUUUUCAUGUAAAAUUUUAAGGAUAAGCAACUCAAAAACAUUGUCUAUUUACUACUCAAAAUUUAAGAAUCGCUCAAGACUUCUUUCGCACAAAUAUCCUAUGCCUACUUACGUGCUCUGCAUGGGCCGUCUAGGGAUUUCGUGUCUUUAGAUGGGGCGCAAUCAC